AACUAAAGUUAAUGUGUCUGUGCAGUUAUAUAGCACUGUGACAUUACGUCAAGGAGAGAAGAAACAUUAUAAUAACAAGGUUGAUGUGUAUAGCUUUGGAAUUGUGUUAUGGGAAUUGUUAACAAAUCGCAUGCCAUUUGAAGGAAUGUCCAAUUUGCAGGCUGCUUAUGCUGCUGCUUUUAAGCAAGAGAGGCCUAAUCUUCCAGAGGAUAUAUCUCCUGAUCUUGCGUUUAUCGUACAGUCAUGCUGGGUUGAGGACCCCAACAUGAGGCCCAGCUUCAGCCAGAUCAUCCGCAUGCUCAAUGCUUUUCUCUUUACUCUCUCACCACCCUUGCCAUCCAUGUCAGAGUCUCUCACCAAUGAGGCAGCAGCAACAAGUAAUGGUACCAUGACGGAGUUCUCUGGUCGACAAAAAGGGAAGUUUGGCUUCCUCCGCCAACUGUUCAUGGCUAAGAGGACAAGGAACUUGCAAUGAGGGGGUAAAAUUUUGUAGCAGCUUUUUGUCCCAGCUGAAAGUUGGUAUUUAAUAGCAGCUAUGUUCUCUUAAUGUAUCUUG